GCUACCUUGUCACUCUCACUCUACCAUUCAGCUGUCUAGCCAUCCUGCCCAAGUGCCCACCAACCUAGUAAUCCUACCUAAGGUGUAGGUACCUAAUCAACUCUCAAACGAACGAUUCAAGUUACCUUAAGUGCCUUAUGUACCUACGUACUAUGGUAGAGAUAUUGUAGGUACCUUGGGGUUCGGUACUUUCCAAGUCAGUAAUCGCAGUUAAAUCUGUCACAACAAUCCCACUCCCAUUCAGCCCAUUGUCAUCCAAAACACUCAGAAACCAUAUAACCUUAAGUAUCUACUUUAACCUUAAGGUGUGAACUCUUCACAUAAUAAAAAACAAUGCCUACUUCGUUAGACUCAUCGCGCCCUAUUAUGGCACCCUCUACUAUCGGCUCCCCUCGCGCGUCAGCACGCUACAGCACAUAUAGCACGGCCCCAUCGUUGGCGGCGACAGUACAAACCACUGAUUCGGCGCACGCUGAGAUACGUGAAAUUGAAACCGGGCUCGCGCGCAUGGAGAAUAAGGCCUUGUCGAAACAGCGAGUUGUCCUAUCGGAGGAGAAGUCGGCCAACCUCAAUAAGCUUGCACUAGGUGCCAAACUCGACCGCGCCCUCGACCGUCGCAUGACUAGCCAAGAUGCCGUCAUGAGGCCCAGGAACCGAAGCGUCCGCGAGACGGAUCCGGAAAAGCAAAACUGAAGUGAAGCUGGGUGAAUUAAGAAAAAGAUCAGACGAAAGCAACGAAAUCGAGUUCGAAUACAAGUUGAGGGAUGAUACCAGGCGAGCGACAUCUACGGCUCUAUAGCAUUUCCUUUUCUCUUUUUUUUCCCUCUCUUUGUCAUCAUCAAUCUCACGAUGGGUCUCAGGCUAGACCCAAGAUGGGCAUGCCACUUUUAUUUACAUCUUUACGAGUCGGGAUAAACAUUCUGAUUCUGCCUCCGUCCGAGAGGGAUAGGGGCGCAAGGAAGGAGCAAGCUCUUCUAU